UUUAAGAGUGCUAAAAUAGCAUUCCUAUUAUAAUUUUUGGCAUUUUAUACUUGGCAAUUUCCGUCCUUCUACACAUAUUCUAGUUUUUUCUUCGCAAACUGUAGCAUUUUUAGGAUUACACACCAUACCCAGACUUCCUACCCACACCGGGAACAGCCUGCUUUCCUACAGAGGGCAGACCCUGUCCCCUCUGUGCUCCGAGCCUGCGUGCCUUCUGCCUCUGUAGGGGGCAGAAGCAAAUAGAGUGUACCUGCAGGGGACCCAGAGGUCGUGCUCCGUCCCUUGUGCCAGGACACGGAGACUCCGGGGGCCAAUCGCGAACCCGCCUUUAAAAAUCCUCCAAUCAGAGAGGACGGGACACUUGGAGUUCGCACCGUACACGCCGUCCCUAUCUCUGCACACUCUUAUCUCACAAACAGUGCUAUUUUCCCCUUCACUCCCGAUAGCACUUUUUCUUAGCAUUCGCUGAAGCUCUAGGCCUUUUUGUCCCCAGAAUUGGUGGGAGCCAAGUGACAUUCAGCCGACGGCCAAGCAGCGAGGGUCGGCUGCGCUCCCGUUCGUGCUCCCGGAGGCCGCUGGGCCGAGGAUCGAGGUUACCGGGCAGCUCCGCGCCUCCACCCGCCAAGACCCGGCCAGACCCCGCACCGCCACUCGCCGCACUCGGCCGCCAUGCGCCGCUCUCCGGGUCCCGGGCCACUCGGAACCUUCCAUGCAGCCUCAAGGGAGCUAUGACCCGCGCGUCCGGCCAGGCCGGGGGCCCCCGCAGCCGGCGGCCUUGUGCCUUCUGCGCCCCGUGGGUGCGCGCGCUCUGGGGCGGCCGGCGGCCCCGAACCCGCAGGAACCUGCUGCUGGGCACAGCCUGCGCGCUCUACCUGGGCUUCCUGGUCAGCCAGGUGGGACGCGCGUCCCAGCUGCAUGCACAGUCCCCCUCCAGAGGCCCCCGCCUGGGCCGCGACCCAGCGCGGGGCCCCUUCCCCGAGAUCCCGCUGGACGGCACCCUGGCUGCCCCGGACUCCGCGGGCACCGGGACCGCCUUGCAGCCCAACGUGGUGUACAUCACCCUGCGCGCCCGGCGAGGCAAGCCGGCGCACAUCCGCGGCACCGUGCGGCCCAAGCGCAGGAAGAAGCCCGCGGCCGCCUCGGUGGGCGCUGGCUUUGGGGUGCGCAUGGGAACACCUCCGCCUCAAGCUGAGGUGCAGGGAGGACGCCUGGGCCAGGCUGGGCAGCAGGGCACCGGGCGCGGAGGACCCCGUCCAAGACUCGUCCAGCUGCCCCCGGCCGGAGAAGGCAACAUCAGGCUCUACAGCGCGCGCCCGCCAUCGUGGCUGAGUGGCGAUGACCUCCGCAGCCUGCGCCUGCUAGCGGACGCGGCUGGGUCCCUGCAGCCCGAGUCCCAGGCGCCCCGCGGGGCGCACCUGCUGGUUCUGGGAGAUCUCGAGCCAGGCACCCCGCCCCGCUGCGGCCCCAGUCCCUGCGCCCUGCUCAAGCAGCCUUUGGACAUGAGCGAGGUGUUUGCCUUCCACCUGGACAGGAUCCUUGGGCUCAACAGGACGCUGCCCUCAGCCAGCAGGAGGUCGGAGUUCAAUAGAGAUGGUCGGCCCUGUCCUGUGGUUCUCUGGGACUCCUCUCUCGCUCCAACCAGUAACGAUACCCAUUCUUCAGUUGCGCUCACCUGGGGAGCUUAUCAGCACUCGCUGAGACAGCGCUGCUGGCUGCACGGCCGCGUGCCCAAGCCCGAGUGGGGCUGCACCGACGUCCACCACCACGAGUGGUCCAAGAUGGCACUCUUCGACUUCCUGCUGCAGAUUUACAAUCGAUUAGACAGAAAUUGCUGUGGCUUCAGACCUCGCAAGGAAGAUGCCUGUGUAAGGAAUGGACUGAGGCUGAACUGUCAUGACCAAAAUGCUGCAAGUCUGUCGCACAUUAUCCAGCGAAAGCAUGACCCGAGACAUUUGGUCUUUCUAGACAAUAAGGGUUUUUUUGACCGGAGUGAAGAUAACUUAAACUUCAAGUUGUUAGAGGGCAUCAAAGAAUUUCCCGAAUCGGCAGUUUCUGUUUUGAAGAGCCAGCACUUACGGCAGAAACUCCUGCAGUCUCUGUUCCUUGAUAAAGUGUACUGGGAAAGCCAAGGAGGGAGGCAAGGGAUUGAGAAGCUGAUUGACGUCGUGGAGCGGAGGGCCCGAAUCCUCAUGACGUACAUCAACGCGCAUGGGGCCAGCGUGCUACCCAUGAACGAGUGACAAGGCUAGCGCGCUCAGUGUGCACCGGCAUUUUUAUUUUUAUUUUAAAACUAAGUAUGUUGACCUCACAUUCGCCCAGUAUGAGGCAGUACAGACGAAUACAUGAAAUGUAUGAAUUCAACCCCAUAGAUGAGAUGGAGCUGAACACUAUAUGCAGAGGUUACAAGGAGUUUUAAAACAUGCUGCUCAAAAUAUAUAUUUGUAUUUGUCUCUAAUAUCACAAUUUCUCUUAGAAACAGAUUUCAGAUUAGUUAUAAUCUUUCCAACUAGCUUUCAAUAGUAUUGUGCAUUUAGUAGGGCAGUAGGAACUGGAGGUUCUGACCGAUCAGCUGCACUGUAUGCCGUUUUGUCUGAGCCGUCCAGCUCUAGUGGGAGCGGGUUCUAAGGUUCUGCUAUUGCCGGUUGUUAGAACAGCGGUUGCGACACUAUGCAGAGGUGAGUCUGUGCUGGAUAAUUCAGAAGCAACAACUGCAAAACGGCCAGCAUCUACAGCACUUUCCAAACAGAAGUAGUGGACUAAUACAAAAUCAAGAGUAUGAUUUCUGAAGUAUCUAUAAAUCAUCAUCCAUCUCUGAGGAGUAGGGUCUACAUACCCCAUUCCUUUUUAGAAAUUUAUUUUAUUGCCAAUAUAAAACAUCUAUGUUUAACAAUUUGUAUAUUUGUUAGCUAUUUCUCUAUUUUGAUUCAUUUUUCGGCUAACAGUUUAGAAAUUAGACAAUUCUAAGCAAUAAUUUCCCUGUUUGAAAUGAACUUAGAGAGUCUUCUAUGGAUGCUUUAAAUAUGUUAUCAUUUUAUAAAAGAUAUACUAUAAUUUUUGUAUAAUUAAUAAUAAAGGAUUUGUUCUAUGGAAUUAUAUUUAUUCUGAUUUAGUUGAUAUUGCCCAUAUAUGAAAAUAUGUCCACAUAUUGAGUGUGUUUGAAUACAUUAUCUAGCUGAAUCCUGUAUGAGAACUGCAAGCAAGAUAAAGGAAAACCUAACUUGUCAAGGGCUGGCUCAGUGGAUUAAAGAGCCUACUUAGGCGGAGCGCUGGGACU